AUGUCUGAUAGUCUAAUUGUACUCCCCCGCCCUGGGACUGCCCAGCCAGACGCGCGACAACCAAUACGCGCCCCAUCCGAAGCCGAUUUCACUGCUGUCUUUGGCAAAGUACUCCCCGAAGCGUCCUACCUGUCGACAAAGAGUGGCAGAGCUGCCUUUUAUGAGCUGCCGCCCUCGUCUGCCUCACCACCAGACGACGCGACAGCGAUUUCCCGCGUGCUGUUACUGCAUGGCGUCCAAACACCCGCAAUCGGCCUGCAGCCACUAGCAAGGGCACUGUCGGCGCGUUUUCCACAUGCGAAAUGCGUACUGGUUGACUGGUGGGGCCACGGGCUCACAGACACGCCAUUUGCGACGCACAACGCGGCGCUGUUUCACGAGCUGCUGGAAUCUCUAUUCCAGCAUCUUGGCUGGGAAGAUGCCCAUGUAGUUGGCUAUUCUUUUGGUGCAUCAGUAACUGCAAGUUUUGCGGCUGCAAGGCCAGAGCGCGUCGCGUCUAUGGUGCUGGUAGCCCCUGCAGGCUUCAUCCGCAAGGAGCUUUUUACCGAGCGACAGAAGAGUUACGUGCGUGGUGGUGAAGGCCUAGAAGAGCCGGCAAAAGAGUGGAUCCUGGAAUUUCUAGAAGGAGGCCAGUUAACUGUCCCUCAAGAUUGGAAAGAGAAAGUAGGAAGAGGCGAGGUGGUGGCCGAAGCCGUCCGAGACUGGGAGCUGAAGAACCAUGAGGGCCAUGUUGCGAGCGUGGUAGCCAUUUUCAGAGACGGCGGGGUUUUGGAUAACAGCACCGAAUUCGCCAGAGCAGCCGAAAAGGGCGUCAAAUAUCUAUAUAUCCUUGGAGAGCUCGAUGAUGUAUGCAGCCCUCAAGAUCUAUCUGGCAUUGGGGUGCAAGAUUUUGUUAGUAUUCCACAGGUUGGACAUGCAGUUGUGCGGGAAAAGGCAUCCGAGGUCGCUCAGUCAAUCGCGGAUUUCUGGAACAAGAUCUGA